AUGAGUGUAUCUUCUCGUGACAUUGAGAACAUUGACGUGGAGGCCCAGAACGGCUCCCAACAGUUCUGUUCCGCCAUUGUGCAGAAGGCGGCAUCGCUUCGUGCGCUGGGUUUGGCUGAUGACUAUAAGGGUGGUAAGGCCAAGCUGUUAGCUGCAUCUUCCCCUUCUGAUCAAAAAGGUGUCGUGAAAGAGGUCAUUUUGCGAGAGAAUGCCCAAAGCCUGAGCCAAGCAAGGUACGAGAGCGAUGUGAACGUUGUGGUGCCCUAUCUCAUGGUAAAGAUGACUGUAAGUUCAAGCUGA